AUGUCGUUCCACGGUUCAUUAGCACGUGCUGGCAAAGUCAAAUCGCAAACUCCAAAAGUAAAAAAGAAGCGUGAAGAAGAAUCAGAAAUCAGAAUCAGGAAACCAAAAGUCGGACGUGCCAAAAAACGAAUCUUAUAUAAUCGACGAUUUGUUAAUAAGACCAGCAUUGGUGGAAAGAGAAGAAUGAAUCCUGCUCCUACCUCUGAUAAACCUUAA